CAGCGAAGGCGGUUCCUCUUCCCCUGGCAGAGACUGAUAGCCUCCGCACUCACCACWGUGGCUCCCGGUGAAGACGGGGUACACACUCCCUGACCGGAGGCCUGGGCGGGGAGCCCGUCCCUGUUCACAUCCAGCCCCAGGAUAUGGAGAAAUCUCCCAUAGGGCCCCACUCACCAGCAUGAGGUCCUGCCCACGGAGACUCAGUCGACUCAGGCGCCUGGGCCAAGUGUGGCCCUUGCUUGUGGCUGCGCUGAUCUUCUUCCUCCUCACCCUGCCUUCCUUCAUUAAGGAGCCCAGCACGAAGCCUUCCAGGUAUCAGUAUAUACAGAGCACUCAACAAAGGUUUCGGGAUUUGAUACAAAAGACCAUCAUGGGAUGGGGGACGAGCACCCCUGCAAAGUCAGCGAAGGAGACCUGUGCCCCAGACACACACCCCCGGCCCACAGCCCGCAGCGCCACAGAAAGCAGGAGGACAGAGGCCCACCGGGCACCUGGCACCGCCUCACCUACAAGCCAGGAAGAAGAGACAGCCAAGGUGGACACACUGCCACCAAGAGGUCAGGACAAGGACAGGGCCUCGACCAGGACAGAGGCACUAGCCCUGCAAAGUGAGGACAAGAAGACAGCUGGAGGAAGAGAGGCCCAGAAGGGGAAGCUGACCUUGGCAAGGACAGGGACGCCCCAGAGCAAAGUGGCAACUAGAGCCCAGAGGCUCAGUCCAGGAAUCGGGGAGAAAAAGUUGACCACCGCAGGAGCAGCACCACCGAGGACGAGACCCAGAGCCACCACGAGACCCAGAGCCACCAYGAGACCCAGACCAAGGCCGACGGUGAGACCGAGAGCCACCACGAGACGGAGGGUGACGACGACACCCAGGGCGAUGAGGAGACCGAGCGUGACCACAGGAUCAAGGGCGAGGACGACAGCAGCUGUCCAGGCCAAGAAGAAGCCCACCCUGGCCGCCCCGCCUGCCCCUUCCCCAAGCCCCACCGCGCCAAGAAGCCAGAGACUCAAGGCCGCCAACUUCAAGUCGGAGCCUCGGUGGGAUUUUGAGGAAAAAUACAGCCUGGACACGGGGAGCCUGCAGACGACCUGCCCUGACUCUCUGAAGACCAGAGCCGCCAAUUCAUCGUGGCUCCAGAACCUCUUUCUGCCCAACCUCACUCUCUUCCUGGACUCCAGGCACUUCAACCAGAGCGAGUGGAACCGCCUGGAGCACUUUGCACCGCCCUUUGGCUUCAUGGAGCUCAAUCACUCCUUGGUGCAGAAGGUGGUGUCAAGGUUCCCUCCCGUGCCCCAGCAGCAGCUGCUCCUGGCCGGCCUCCCCACCGGGAGCACGCGGUGCGUCACUUGUGCCGUGGUGGGCAACGGGGGCAUCCUGAACAACUCCCACGUGGGCCAGGAGAUAGACAGCCAUGACUAUGUGUUCCGAUUGAGUGGAGCUGUCAUCAAAGGCUAUGAACAGGACGUGGGGACCCGCACGUCCUUCUACGGCUUCACCGCCUUCUCCCUGACCCAGUCCCUUCUCAUACUGGGCAGUCGGGGUUUCCGGCACGUGCCUGUAGGGGAGGACGUCCGCUAUCUGCACUUCCUAGAGGGCACCCGGGACUACGAGUGGCUGGAAGCCCUGCUCCUGAACCAGACUCUGCAGAGACAGAGCCUCUUCUGGUUCAGGCACAGGCCCCAGGAAGCUUUCCGGGAAGCCUUGCAAUUGGACAGAUACCUACUGCUGCAUCCAGACUUUCUCCGGUACAUGAAGAACAGGUUUCUGAGGUCGAAGACCCUGGACGGUUCCCACUGGAGAAUAUACCGCCCCACCACCGGUGCCCUCCUGCUGCUCACUGCCCUGCACCUCUGUGACAAGGUGAGUGCCUAUGGCUUCAUCACUGAGGGCCACGAGCGUUUCUCUGAUCACUACUAUGACAAAACAUGGAAACGAGUGGUCUUCUACAUAAACCAUGACUUCAAGUUAGAGAGAGCUGUCUGGAAGCGCCUACAUGACGAAGGUAUCAUCUGGCUGUACCAGCGUCCCCAAACAGCAAAGAACUGACCAGAGCCUGGGCCCCAGCAGUCUCUUCACCCACUCCAGAACCCAGGGCGGGCGGGGGUCUUGUGACUCUCCUGCCAYUUCCCCAGGGCUGGGACCAGGCUCCAAGCCCUAAGACUUCCAAGAACACCAGCACAGAGGAGAAAACUCCCUCAACACCACAAAUGAUGGGUGGAAGUUUUGGAAUCUUUCACCAGGUUGCUGCAGGGUCCAAAGGAAAUGCCCGAGGCCAAGGACUUUUUUAAUUAAAUGGAAGAGUAAGUGGUCAAUACCACCCAUUGCUGAAAAACACUCGUCACUGUCCAGGAGUGCUGGGCACAGAAAAAGGGGCUGGAACUCACAGAGAUGCAUAGAUCUGGUGUGAAUUGCAGAUCUUCUACUUAGCAACUGUAAAAUGUUUAAUUUAACCAGAGGUUGUCUGGAGGCCCUUUCCAGGGGUUAUCUGAUUAUUGAAGGGUCUGUACAUGUCCUGUCUCUGAGCCACUUGACAACUCUGUGUUGUAGGAAACUGACAGUGACAUAAAUGAUUCAUCUCCAUGGAGAUGCAAGUAAACUUUGCACAGUGAGGGUGCACUUGUUACCUCGUGGAUACU